AUGUCCUGCCAGCAGAACCAGCAGCAGUGCCAGCCCCUUCCUAAGUGCUCUCCCAAUUGCCCCACCCCCAAAUGUCUCUCAAAGUGCCACUCAAGUGCCCAGCCCCAUGCCCAGCUCCAGUCUCCUCCACCUCUGGGCGUGGCAGGAGCUGCUUGGGCCACUUACAAGCCUCAUCUCUUUCAUCUGUGCCAGUACCAGAGUCCUGGCGGCAAUGACUGUGAGCCCUUUGGGAGCUCCAGGUGCUGUGACAGCUCUAGGGGCUGCCGCUAA